UCUCCUACGCGCCGCCCCGUGGCUUUCCCCCCUCCCUUCGGCAGCGCGCUUUCGAGUCGCUUCGGAGUGACGUCCUCUUCCUUUUCCGGCCUGGGCUCGCGGCGUGUGAGGAGAAAUCUCCCAUUGCACUUGAUUUGAGGCAAAUAAAAGAAGCAUAAUGCAGAACGACGCUGGGGAAUUUGUAGAUCUCUACGUGCCUCGUAAAUGCUCUGCUAGCAAUCGGAUAAUUGGUGCUAAAGACCAUGCUUCCAUCCAAAUAAAUGUUGCAGAAGUUGACAAAGCCACAGGCAGAGUGAAUGGCCAGUUCAAAGCAUAUGCCAUUUGUGGAGCAAUCCGUCGGAUGGGGGAAUCUGAUGACUCAAUUCUGCGACUGGCAAAGAAUGAUGGAAUUGUUUCCAAGAAUUUUUAACAGAAAAAAAUGUCAUAACAUGGGAUUUCCUAGAAAAUAAACCAUUGGAAAACA